AUGGCCCCUGGCAUCAGUGACGCGAUUAAAACAGAUCUUCGUGAGAUUGAGUCCUACUAUGAAAAUAUCAUCGAAUCAUCGGGAAAUGAUGAGCAGCAAUGCUUCCCGACCUUGUUUACCUGGGGACUAGCUCGACACUAUAUUGGAGAAGAGCUUGUCGUUUAUCCUUUUUUCGAGAAGCUUCUCAUUGAUGGCAUCGACAUGGCCGAUAAGGGCUGCUUUGAAACCAUGACUUCUUCGGAUACGAAUUUUAUUCCCGCUAUCAAGAAGCUGAUGGAGAAUCUCUACAAGCAUAAUAAUGAGGAAGAGAUUGACCAUUUGCCCAGGCUGGAAGAAUUUUUGACUCAAGAAUAG